AUGUCGUUUCCUGUGGAUCUGAGCUCGCUGCGGGGGUGCCAGGGUACGGAGAGGGAGGCGGCGCUGGGAACACUGGAGAAGCAGCUCAUCUGUCCCAUCUGCCUACAGAUCUUCAACAAGCCUGUGGUCAUCCUGCCCUGUCAGCACAACCUCUGUAGGAAAUGUGCCAACGAGCUCUACCAGCCGUCAUUGUACCAGGCCUGGACCACCAUGUCGGUGAACAGCGGGCGUUUCCGAUGUCCCUCCUGCAGACAGGAAGUGGUGUUGGAUCGCCAUGGUGUCUACGGCCUGCCGCGCAACCUGCUGGUGGAGAACAUCAUUGACGUGUACAAACAGGAAGUCAGCAACAGCACCGCCCCAAGCCCCCUCCCUCCCCCCAUGUCCCAGGGUAAGGUGACAUGUGCGGACCAUGAGGAUGAGAAGGUGAACAUCUACUGUCUGAGCUGCCAGAUCCCCACCUGUUCUCUCUGCAAGGUGUUUGGGGCCCAUAAGAACUGCCAAGUAUCUCCUCUGGCAGACAUCUACCAGCAACAGAAGGCUGAGCUGAAUGAUGGUGUCUGCUCUCUGUCGGGGUUCAGCGACAAAGUCCAGACCUUCAUCAAUGAACUUGAGGAGACAUGCAGAAAUAUAGAGGAGAACAGUAAGACUCAGAAGCAGACCCUGUGUUACAAGUUCGACCGCAUGUUCUCCAUCCUGGAGGAGAGACUUCAGGCGAUGACUCAUCAAAUCAGCUCGGAGCAGGAAGAGAAGACAGGCCACGCCCAGUCUCUUGUACGUUCCUAUGGAGACAGGGUAGAAACCAACACCAAGCUGGUCGAGAUCGCCCUCAGCAGCAUGGAGGACCCUGAUGUGGCUAUGUUUGUUCAGAAUUCAAGAGAACUCAUAGCAAAAGUGGUAGAAGCGACCAGUUGCUGUCCGGUGGAAACCCUGGAACCUGGGUAUGAAGACAUGAACCAAUACCGAUUUAACUUCAGUGGGCAGGAGCGAGCCCUACACAGCAUAGACUUCAUCAAAGCUGAGGAGGUAUCUGAGGAACCUGAAAAACAACUUGAACAAAGUCCUGAAGAACCACAACCCGAAGAACCCAAACACCAUCCUGAACCAUCUGUCCAGAACUUAAACCCCAAACACUCUUCAGAGCCCACCAUCCAGACGCUGGAUCCUAUACUACAACUAGGCCUAGAACCAGUACAAGACCAAAUACCAACAUCCAUAAUACCAGUGGUACUAACAGCUGUACCAGUGGCAUCCAUAGUUUCACCAAUGCCAAGUCCAGUCGAGGACUCUGGACCAGUUUUGGACACAAAAACAGAGGGCCCGGUUCUGAAUGAUCAGGUAGAUGGCCUGCUGAUGACAAAGAAAGAAGAUGAGAAGGAGGAGGAGAAGCAGGUAGCAGAGGUCCGAGGAGAAGCAAAGGGGUGUGCAGUCUCAGACCCCAUCAAAGAGGGAAGUCUAUGUGAAGACCAGGGAGGAAUGAACACACAACAGGCUGUCACGCUGCUGUUCUAUCUGCUGGCUUUCCUGGUCAUCUUGCAGAGGGUGUGGGCUUACAUCGGCUGCUUCAUAUGCACAUAACACCACCUGGGAGCACGCCCAG